UCUAUGAUUGUAAAAGGUAUGCCAUUUCAUUCGUAUCUAUGCCAAAAUUGUAAUCAGUAAUAGAAAAAACCACGAAAAAAGCCCAAGCACACUGUUUAUCUUAUGCUUUCCUUUCUUUUCUUUUAUAAUUUACAAAGAGUGUAACGUGUAUGGGAAAUAAGUUGUGACAAAUUAAGUGUUCGGUGUCAGUGUAGUUUUAAUAGUUGUUCAAACUUAAACCUAGUUUAUUCCUGUAUAUUAAAAUAUGACGACUGCAGCGAGGCCUACUUUUGAUCCAGCUCGAGGAGGAACAGGAAGGGGUGAAAAGGAUCUUAGUGCAAUAUCUCGUCAAUAUUCUAGUAGAGAUCUUCCUGGCCACACUAAACUGAAGUACAGGGAACAAGGUCAAGGUACCACAGAUGAAUUACGUUCAAGAGACUUCCGUAAGGAGUUAGAUGAAAGAGAGAAAGAAGUGAAAGGUUCCAGUACAAGAAGACCUGUAGAGCCUCCCACUAAAAGACCUAAAGUUGACCAGGUUCCAGCAGCCAGCUUAGAUGCUGAUGAUCCUCUUGAAGGAGACUCUUCUGACUCUGAUGACUCUGAUGAUGACACUGCAGCUUUGCUAGCAGAGUUGAACAAAAUUAAAAAAGAAAGGGCCAUAGAACAAGCUAAGAAGGAAGCUGAACGAAAGCAGGAAGAAGAAAGGAUUCGCAUGGAAAAUAUUCUGUCUGGAAAUCCAUUACUGAAUUAUUCGUCAGCAGGACAGAAAAAUGAUAUGAAGGUUAAAAGACGUUGGGAUGAUGAUGUUGUUUUCAAAAAUUGUGCUCGUUCCGAACCUGAGAAGAAAGGCAACACUUUCAUAAAUGAUUCUUUAAGAUCAGAAUUUCAUAAGAAAUUCAUGGAAAAAUAUGUUAAAUAGUGAUUCUAAUUGUAAUUCAUUAAAUUAAGGUUAUUUUAAUAAGUUAGAAUAAAAGUUGACUGUAAAGACAUUCUAACACAACUAGUAGUUUAAAAUAAUUAUGUUAAAAACUUCAUUUUGGAACUUGUGGUGUAAUAUCAUUUAAUAUACAUUUAAACUCAAAUUAGGUAAUGUUCCAUUAAAUAGCAUAAUAGUAAGACAAACAGUACGGUAGUAUAAUGUAAAAUAUAUUUCCCACAAAUUUUGAAUACCUAUUUAAUUUUUGUAAUAUUUAAGUACCUCCUCUCAAUAAGAUAAUAAUGAUGUAAAGUGAGAAAUACAUAUGUUUUAAGAUUUUGUUACAUAAUAAAAUAAAUACUUUAGUA